AUGGACAACGACAUGCCGCGAUCGCUGCCGGUGCGCCCGAUUGACAAGUAUGGCCCAAAACUCGUCGAACGGGCCGACAAGGUGCACCAACGAGUUGGCUCGAAAGCAGACGACAAACCCGCCGGGGGGUUCGACGCGACACCCAUCCCGUCCGCCCCGCCGGGUUACACCCUCAAGAUCACCUUCCACCGCGCCGCACAACUGCCUGUCGCCGACUUUGGCGCCUUCUCCUCCGACCCCUACGUUUACGCGCAGUUGCACGUUGACCUGCCCCGCCGCCAUAAGCAAGAUCCCCUCAUCAGCUUUCGCUCUCAUACCGUGCACAAGAAUAGAAACCCCACGUGGGACAGCGAAUGGAUCGUUGCCAAUGUUCCUGCCUCAGGCUUUCUAUUGAAGGCGUAUCUCUACGACGAAGACCCGUCGGACCACGAUGACAAGCUGGGGAUUGCGUUCAUAGAGGUGCCCUCUUUGCAGGAGGACUGGAAGGGGAUCAGCGAGCAGUCGUUCAAGGUCAAGAAACGUUACGGCAGCAAGCGCGUCUAUGUGGUCACCAAUGUUUCCGCUUUCGCGACGGGCCAUCACCCGGAAUCAUCCUUGGUGGUCAGUAUUCAGUGCCUGGGGCGGACCCCCGGCAACGAAGGGGGCCAGAUGUACACGGUUGGGCCGAAUCAUUGGUUCAAACAUUAUUCGCCUAUGAUCGGGCGACUGGCUGGAACCAAGGUCCAUGUCGAGAGUAAGGAUGGCAGUGGAAAGUCGAUUACUCGCUACAACUUUCAAGCCAUUCAGAUACAACUCACGGGCCCCGUGCCCUCCGAACUCUACCAUCGAUAUGUUGAAUUCAGGCCGUUUGUGGCCGGCAUGUUCCAGGCGCAGAGCCUCCGAGGGCGAAUUCUGCACAAAGCCCUCCAUCAUCAACAUCAGCGAAUCUACAACUUUGAUCGCAGUACAGAGCACGGGGGGUUCACCACACCCUGCCGCGAAUUUGCACAGAAGUUCCUGGAAUUUACACAUUACGGCCAGGACGGACGCAUUUUCACCUACGUGUUGACACUCGACGGACAGUUGCGCUUCACCGAGACCGGUAAAGAGUUUGGUAUCGACUUGUUGAGCAAGCAUACAAUGCACAGUGAUGUGUCUAUCUAUAUUGCAUAUUCGGGGGAGUUCUUCCUUCGGCAGCGCAGGCACCAGAACCGACAACAUUCUCCCUCGCGCGCCGAUGAGUUCCCUGUGGAAGAAGACGAAUCCACCCAGGAAGUGCAGGAAGUUUCCACCGACCCCGCGGAUUACGAGCUAUUCAUCGACAACGAUAGCGGUACCUACCGUCCCAACGCGGAGAAGCUGCCCCUGCUCCAAGAGUUCUUGUCGUUCAACUUCCCCGGCCUCCACGUCACGACGCUGGACUGCCAGAAAGAUGCCGAGCGGCAGCAGCAGCUGAAGAACGAGCAGCGCGAGUGCAAGAAGACGCAGGGCACCCAGAUCACGUACCUGCAACAGAGCAGCGCGUCGUCGCUGUCCAUCUCGAGCUCGGAAGAGGAGCAGCUCCAGAGACAGAGUGGCGAGUCGACCAAGCGUCGUCGCAGCGACAUGGCGCGACGGGUCCAUGAGAUGCGCGAUGUGAAGGGCCAGAUGAUGCGAUGGGUCGAGGCCGACGGGCAUGCGGACCGCUCCAAGCACAAGUAUCACUCCGGGCGCGAGCGGGCCUCGUCGACUGGGGAGGUCAGGGAUAGCAGCGCGUCGGGGAACCCUCGAGCGGCCUGA